AUGCCACAAAACCAAGAUCUGACCAGAAGAACCAGUGGACGCAGCACUCAAGGAAUUCCGCCAGCCCGAUAUAACCCUGACACUUACGAUAUGUCUGUCGUUCGCUCACCAACAGGAGAUACGCCUACCAGCAGCCACCAAAAACAGCAACAAAUGCCAGCUGCAGCCGCAGCAGUCAAUACACCGCCCGCCAAUACUUCUAAAUCUUCUUCUUCUUCUCAGUUACAGCUCCAAAAACCGCCUUCAAAUACACCAGCCAAAACACCAAAUCCUGCAAAUAAAUUUGCCGAGAUGAGAAAACUCAUGAAAUUUGAAAUGGAACAGAUGCAACGUCAGAUGAAAGCAAUGCAAGACGAAUUUUUAGCAACACAAGCAAAAAUGCAAGCACAACUAUUAAAUACGUCACAGCAGUUUGCUUCUUUGCAAAACACAAUGUCGCAGCAAGCAUUGCCUACACUGACGUCACAACCGCCAAUCUCAAAACAAACGACACAACAACCGCCAUUGAAUACGCCGCAACAGCCACAAAGGAAUCUGCCACCACAGCCGCCAAUGAAUCUGCCACCACAGCCGCCAUUGAGUCUGCCGCCACAGCCGCCAUUGAAUCUGCCAUUACAUUCAGUAGUUUUGCCAACACAAACAGUACCGCCACCAACAAGUCAACAUUUGCAGACUUAAGUGCAUCAACUGCCGCCAUUGUCUAUCAACACAGAUGAGUCUUUUCCAAAUUCACUUUCUAAUAACUCCAACGGAAAUGCACAUAAAAAAAUGUAUCCCUUGCCUAUUUUUUCAGGUCUUCCAGAGGAGUGGCAGGCAUUUUUCGAAGCCUACGAGAGCACCACAGCAGAAUUUGGUUACUCCAAUCUUCAUAAUAUCAUGCGUUUGAGAGAUGCAUUGAAGGGCCGUGCAAGGGAAACAGUGGAAUCCAUGUUGGGAAGUUCUGCCAACGUCAGCGCCAUUUUGGAAAUUCUGCAGGAAACAUUUGGUCGACCAGAGCAACUUAUCCGAAGCCAAGUAGAAAAAGUCCGAGCCAUUCCCCCGCUGGUAGAUGAUAAUUUGGAUGCACUUGUCAACUUUGCCAACAAACUCUCCAAUAUGGCCACUUUCCUAAAAAACGCCAAGGGUGAACACCAUGUAUCCAAUCCAUCGUUGCUGAGUGAGCUAGUGUCCAAACUGCCAAUAAACCGCCAAAUGCAAUGGGCCGAAAAAUGUCUGCAACUCCAGCACCCCGCCACUAUAGUUGAUUUCAGCGAUUGGUUGGGAAUAUUACGCCGUCUCGCACAUAUGGUCCACGACGCACAGCCAAUUUCACCAACCUCUGUGGUGAAGGGUAUAAAUACGCAUAUGUCGCUGUCAGUUCGAGCUGUCCAAUUUGUCAGGGAGAGUGCAACAAUAUAAAAAUCUGUCCACACUUUUUAAAAAUGGCCAUCGAUGACCAAAUCAAAUUAAAACUUGUUUUUGUUGUUUAAAAAGAGGCCACCAGCUUAAAAAUUGCCACUAUAAGCGUCGUUGUGGCAUAAAUGAUUGCCAAAAAUCACACCACCAAUUGUUGCACAAAACACUCGCGACGCCAUCCCAGGAACAGAACCGAACAUUACCUACACACGAUUUGGAGCCACGAACGAACACCCCAUCUCUUCCCGACGCACCACCGUCUCAAACACAACGAAGAAAUUGUCAUGCCGCCCACUACACCGAAAACGUAUUGUUCCAAAUUUUGCCCGUGACGUUAUACGGAACACACAAACAGAUAACGACGUACGCGUUCAUUGACGACGGCGCCAAUGUGUCCAUGCUGGACGAGGGCGUUGCUCGCCAACUCGGAAUACACGGAAAACCGGAGUUUUUAGAAAUUCAGUGGCUUAAUAACCAAAGCGUAAGCGAAAAAACUGAAAAAAUUAAUCUGACAAUUAGUGGUGUCGGUGAGUACAACAACAAGUACCCGAUAACCAAUGUUUACAUUUCGUCCAAUCUGUCAUUGCCAAUACAGAGUUGCCAUCUAGCUCAUUUAAUUAAAUCCCGUGAAAUCGACCAAAUCGCCGAAAUCCCAUUCCGGGAUUAUUCGAAUGUUCAACCUAAACUAAUAUUAAGCUUGCAACAUUCAUUUUUGACAGUUCCCUUGGAAGCUCCUCGUAUGAUGACCGAUGUUGGACCAACGAGAUUAGGCGCCGUAAUAUAUGGACCGAUCCCAGGCGAGAAGAGUUCCAAUCUUAAGCGGGCUUUACACGUUAGGAAACGUUUCGAGGAAGAAAAUUGUGACUUGCUUCAGGAAAUGCAUACCAUGAUGCGGCAAUAUUUCGACGUGGAGACAUUGGGUACCAAGGUAAAUGUGACACCAAUUCUGUCCAUAGAUGAUGAACGAGCGUUAAAAAUAUUAAAAGAAAACACGAAAAGAAUUGAUGGGCGAUAUUAAAAGAAGUGUCCGCUUUUGUGGAAAGAACAUUUUUCUCCAAUUCCAGAAUCGUACAAUUUGUCGUACAACCGAUUGCUGUGUGUGGAACGAAAAAUGGCAAAGGACAGUGUAUAUGCAGCUCAAUAUUGCAAAAAAAUAAGAGAUUACGAGGAAAAAGGAUAUUGCCGUAAACUUUCAGUAGCAGAACGAGAAAGAAGGAGCGAUCGAACGUUUUAUUUGCCACAUUUUGGCGUUAAAAAUCCCAACAAAGAUGGGAUUCGUAUCGUCUUCGAUGCUGCUGCUGAAGUUCAACAAUUUUCAUUAAAUAAAGCCUUAUUACCUGGACCUGACAUAAAUAA